ACUCUUGAGUCAUCUUGAACACUCACACAACCAGCAGCCUGAGUGGAGCAAUGGGUUGUUGUUCAACUUUCAAAAGCUUCACAUUUACAAUUCUGAUCACCAUAUUAUUAUGGACCUCAACAACUGACCAUCACACAUGCAAUGCAAGAAAAAGUUGGCACACUAGAACCAUUUCAACUUCACUCUCCAAAAAGAAAUCCACCAACCACCACCACCAGCACCAGCACCACCACAAUGGCGGAAAAUCCAAGUCGAAAGCGUCGUCGCAUAAAGCACCUCCAUCACCAAAAGUUAAGGCUCCACCAGCUCCACCGAAAGUUAAGACUCCGUUAGCUCCUCCGAUAGGCAAGGCUCCGGCAGCUCCGCCGGAAAAUGAUAACGGCGGUGGCCCAGUUACGGACGCUGCUGCUACUUAUAAUGUGUUGGAUUUUGGUGCCAAAGGGGAUGGUAGUUCUGAUGAUACAAAGGCGUUUGAAGGGGCUUGGGCAGCUGCAUGUAAAGUCACAGGGUCCAAAAUUAUUGUACCAUCACCAUACAAGUUCCUUCUGGGGCCCAUUACAUUCUCUGGGCCAUAUUGCCAACAUAACAUUAUUUUUCAGAUUGAUGGAACCAUAAUUGCACCAUCAAGCUUCAAACCAUAUGGAUCAGGGCUGUUUCAGUGGAUCUUGUUCACAAAACUAGUAGGGUUGACCAUUCAAGGGGGAGGAACCGUCGAUGGCAGUGGCUCGAUAUGGUGGAAAGACUCGCGGUUAAAUGAUCCUCUAGACGAUGAACUAAAACUAAUAAUACCCAUCAAUGGCACAACCAAACAAACCAACAAUUCAUCGAUAACUAACUCACUUGGAGGCAAUAUGCCGAGCAUAAAACCGACUGCGAUUCGGUUUUACGGAAGCUUUGAUGUAACUGUGACCGGCAUAACUAUCCAAAACAGCCCUCAAUGUCACCUGAAAUUCGAUAAUUGCGUGGGAGUUUCGGUAUACAACUUCCACGUCUCGUCUCCUGCUGAUAGCCCGAACACCGAUGGGAUUCAUUUACAAAACUCUAAGGAUGUUUUGAUCCACACUACUGAUCUCUCGUGUGGAGAUGAUUGUGUAUCGAUACAAACCGGGUGUUCAAACGUAUACAUACAUAACGUAAAUUGUGGACCGGGUCAUGGUAUCAGUAUUGGAAGUCUAGGAAAAGAUAACACGAAAGCGUGUGUCUCGAAUAUCACUGUUCGAGACGUCAUGAUGCAUAACACCAUGAAUGGUGUAAGAAUCAAAACAUGGCAGGGUGGAUCAGGGUCAGUGCAGAAUGUACAGUUCUCCAACAUUCAAGUUUCUGAAGUUCAAUUACCGAUAGUAAUCGAUCAAUUCUACUGCGACAAAAGCACUUGUAAAAACCAAUCAUCGGCUGUUGCACUAUCGGGAAUCAACUACGAGCGUAUAAGAGGAACGUACACCGUAAAACCCGUGCAUUUUGCGUGUAGCGACAGCAUGCCAUGCACGGAUGUGCAUCUAAACGGUAUAAAUCUAAAACCGAUUCAAGAACGAUACCAUCUUUACGACGCGUUUUGCUGGAAGACUUUCGGCCAGCUUCUAUCACCCGCGGUGCCGCCAGUCGAGUGUCUGCAAGUCGGGAAGCCAUCCAGCAGUCAUGUUCAAGCUGAUCAUGAUACAUGCUAGUGAAGGGAUUGUGUAAAAUGUGUGUGGUCAGUUUGACUAUCUGCCCCGGCCCCUUGAAGUCGGACUUUUAGAAAGUCAAACAAAUGCAUAUUCUUUGUAGUAAUAGAUUAUAUUUAUACAGAUAAUAGUAGUGUUGGUAGUAGCCAAGAUACCCAUGAGUCUUAGUCUAUUGAGACAGAUUUGGUGUCAUAUAGAGUUAAGUGUUUGUUUUUAUUGGGUCAGAUCAGAUAAAUAAACCAUGAUUUCCUCAAUGUA